AUGGAAGUAAAAAAUGCAGUUUUAAAAGUUACAGAAAAGCUUAAAAAAUAUUAUAAAUAUACAAAUGCUUUAUUUUAUACUAUUACUACUAGUAUGUUAUUUUUUUAUUUAGAAAACAAAUAUAUUGAAGCUGCUCAAAAAAAUCUUAAUAUUUUAUAUAAAACUAAAUAUACUUCAACAAAAAAUAUGAUGAUUUUAGAUGAAUAUUCUGAAAAUAGUCUUCUUCAAUAUAUAUAUAAAAGGCAAUAUUUAGUAAAUAAUAAUGAAUUAAAUCAAUAUCUUGCAACUUCAACUGCACCAUAUGGAACUGAUAUAUUACAAUGA